UUCUUCCUCUCCUCCCUAUGCUUCCCUUCAAAUCUCAGAUUCCCAAACUCUGAGGUGUGAUAUGUGUGGUUUUCUUCACCAACAGAGCCAGGUAACACUACUGAGACCGCAAUGGCAUGGUGGAAGGCCUGGAGUGAGGCAGAGGGCAGGUCCGUGGCAGGUAGUUUAAAUUUUAAUGCUGCACCUGAUGCUCAGACUCUGUACAACGCCAUGAAAGGGCUGGGGACUGAUGAACAAGCUAUAAUUGAUGUCCUAACCAAGAGGAGCAAUCUGCAGCGUCAAGAGAUUGCCAAAUCCUUCAAAGCACAGUUUGGAAAGGAUCUGAUUGAAAGCCUGAAGUCUGAAUUGAGUGGCAACUUUGAGAGGCUCAUUGUAGCUCUCAUGUACCCCCCAUUCAAGUAUGAUGCCAAGGAGCUGUAUGAUGCCAUGAAGGGUGUGGGAACAAGGGAAAGUGUUAUCAUAGAGAUCCUGGCAUCUCGGACAAAAGCGCAGAUCAAGGAGAUAAUCAAGGCGUACAAAGAAGCAUACGGUUCUGAUCUGGAGCAAGACAUAAAAUCGGAAACGAACGGCUACUUAGAGCAGAUUCUGGUUUGCCUUCUUCAGGGUGAGAGGGACAAUGCCACCCUCUACGUGGACACAGCCCUGGCUCUUCAGGAUGCAGAGGCUCUCUAUGCUGCUGGAGAGAAGAUACGGGGCACUGAUGAGAUACAGUUCAUCACCAUCUUGUGCAAAAGGAGUGCCACACACCUAAUGAAAGUGUUUGAAGAAUACCAGAAACUGGCUGGUAAGAGCAUAGAAGACUCUAUCAAGAGUGAAACUCGUGGCUCACUUGAGGAUGCCAUGCUGGCUAUUGUGAAAUGCACCAGGAACAUCCAUUGCUACUUUGCAGAGAGGCUGUACAAUGCUUUAAAGGGGGCUGGCACCGAUGAUGGGACUCUGAUAAGGGUGCUUGUUUCUCGAAGUGAAGUUGACCUAAAUCUUAUCAAGCCUGAAUUUAAGCGCAUUGCAGGAAAGUCUCUCUCCAGUAUGAUUUUGGAGGAUACCAGCGGCGAUUACAAGACAGCCUUGAUGAAUCUCUGUGGCAGUGACUGACAGACUCUAGGAGGAAGAUGUUGAAAAGGAUACAGAGAGAAGAUUAACAGUGAACAAGGGUCUGAAAAUGUACUUGUAGAAAAUCUUUCCAUUGAUCCAAGUGGGGGUGAAAAGAAGAUCAAAUUAAUGGCUGAGAUAUCCAAAGCUCUCUGAGGGAUGUGGAUGCCCAUUACACAUUGAGUGCUAUCCACUUCCCAAGCAGCUUUUCAAACACAAGGGGGAAUGUUAAUUUCUUGUUUCCAUUUUCUUCUUUGAAGUUUUCCUUCUAUUUUAACCCAUGGUGAAGG